UCCAUUCGUUGGGGAAAUCAAUACGUUUACCAGGAGAGCCAAGGCCAAUGUACUUUGUGCGCUGCCUGCAAAAGAUAAAACAACAAUGGGAAACGAAUCUUCGACGAGUUACAUGUCUCGUCAAAUGUACGAAAUUGCUAAUCUAAUUGGCAACUACCUGUGGUUGAAGCCUGGGACAUCUGUCCACGAGGAAUCUGACAGAAUUAGUAGCGAUUUAGACAGUCAAUUUCAACUUGAACAGCCGCAAUCCAAAUUCAAAAACAGGAGGAAUCAUUCAAAUGGCUGCAACUUUAUUGUUUUCGACAUCCAAGCCGCUUCACUAUUAUACCGAGUUAAGUAUUGCUGUACCAGUAAGAUCGAUUCCCAGCCAGUUUCUUAAUAUAAGCCAUGACGACAAGAGCCAUAAUGAAGCACAAAUAACAGGGUUUUGGAUUGAUCUGUUUAAAGAAGCUAUUGCAGUGAUGCCAAUCAAUACCACUUAUAAGCUGGUCCCUUUCUACGGUUCUGAUGAUCAAUUGUUUGACACCAGCUCGCAGGACUUUUGCUGCAGCCAUUGGCCCAUGGUUGGUCCUGAUCCUGGUUGUUUCUUCAACCUAUACACAAAGCUUUACUUCCACGAUAACAACAAGCUCAGACACCGAGUCAUCAUCUUGCUUGGAUAUAGAAAAUCUUAAGAAAGCAAAUGCUAUUGUAGGUUGUGAUACGGAAGAUUCAAUUAUGUUGCCGCAUUUAGUAGAGGUCAUUGGGUUCCGAAGGAACAAUAAUCCAUUGGUGAUUAUGCAAAGGCUCUAUCAACUGGAAAUAUAAAUGCUGCCUUCUUUUGGGGGCCUUA